CGAAAUGUCCAUAAACUUAUACGUGAAGUAACAAAGAGUUAUUAGUAAGCGCUAGGCGUCUUCUGACCCGUUUGGGCACGCCAAGAACCGGCUGGCUUUUAGGCGGGAUUCUUUCGCGUUAUUUACGAGCUAAUAGUUCGGGUUUUUUCGAGACUCGUGUAUGAAUUACUAAGAAAUCAUAAUGUGUACCAUAAUUUCACGAUUGUAACGCAUAUAUAUUGUCUAUUUUGACUCCUAAUUGAAUUUAUAAUCGCGAUUUCCCUCGCGGAACUAUCAUGGCUUCGCUUGUUCCCAAGCGCCGCGCGGCGGACAUAGCUUCUCCGAGUCAUUAUCUUGCGACUUCGCAUUCUACGCAGAAUAUCUUAAGGGCGUGGUAAUUUGUGAUAAACUUUUCAUCAAGAUUCUGACAAAAUUUCACCAAAUUCGAAAAUUGAGUAGUACCUCGUUAAUGUACAUUAUAUAAGUAAUGUAAAUAAUUCACGUGUAAUAUGACAAACAAAUUCUAGUGGCUGUUUCGGAUACAAUAAUUGAAACGUAGAAGUGAAGUUGUAUUUUUGACGCAUCGUCCUUAUGGAAAUACUACCUCCAUUAAAUGAAAUGGUCUCCUCGAACACCCCGAGGAAGACCAAAAUCUUCGUCGGGCGUUUACCAGAAAAUUGUCGCAAUGACGAAUUGCGACAAUUAUUCUUGCGCUUUGGCGAAGUCACAGAAUGUGAUGUGAUGAAUCGUUAUGGAUUCGUACACAUGGCGAGAGAGGAAGAUGCAGCUGCAGCUAUCAAGGCUCUACACAACUCAACAUUCAAAGGAGCAACGAUCAAUGUGGAACAGUCAACUGGAAAGUCCCGAGGAGCAGGAGGAGGUGGUCGCCGGGAUGGAGAUCGCAGAGGUGGACCAAUGAGAGGUGGUAGGGGGGGUCGCGAUGGUGGCCGCGAUGGUCGCCCGGGACCAUAUAAUGAUCGAAGAGUUUUGCCGAUCCAACUCGUUGGUUACGAUGGAUCUGCUACAGGUGGCGUUGCCAGCGGUUACACGGAUUACGGGAACCGCGGAGCUGGGGACUACACUGGCCGUGGAGCAGGAGACUUCACCAGUGGAUAUGCCGACCGUGGAGCAUAUGGCCAAAGCGUCGGAGGUGCUGCGAUGAGUGGCUAUACGUCGACUGCUCCUGGCAUGACAGCUUAUGGACCUGCGAGUGGUGCCGUUGGCGGAUAUGGCCCUACAGGAACAGCGGAUUACCGAGCACCUGACUACGGCCGUGCCGCAGAGUUUGGUGCAAGGACAGAUUAUGGUAAUUAUGGUGAUUUUGGUCUUGCAGCCGCAGGCCCUGUAGAUUACGGACGAACGGAUAACUUUGGGGCUGGGAGAGCGGUGGACUAUGCACCUAGAACCGAUUACGAUCGUGGUGCAGCAGGCCCGAUGAGAAACGGAGGUGGUGGAGUGGCAGCAGGAGGAUACGGCACAGGAUACGGCGAUGUAGGGCCCAUCAGUGGGGGACCGAGUUACAGCACUGGCCCUGGGGGACCCAGUUACAGCACUGGACCUGGACCCCAAACGGACAUGUUUAGCAGAAGACCCGGAACUACGGUGCCCAGUGGUGGUUAUCCACCUGUCGGCGGAGGCUACAGCGAGGGUUAUGACAGACCAGAUGCGUACGGUCCUCCGCGCGGUGCCGGGCGCUAUCCAGGUCCGGCAGAUGCGAUGCCUCCAACGUACUAAAAGUACUAAAGCGAAUAAUAGAUCAUGCACAAAAAGGCAACCUUUUGCCUUGCAGGGAUCCGUGCGCGAAAAUUAUACCUACGCCAUCAUUGAACCACCCUGUGUCUGAGAAAGAAAAGCUAACAGUCCGUUCUCUAUAAUUGAACCGUGUAUAAUUUAUAUUAAUCCUAAAGUUUAAGGUAGCAAAAAGAUGGGAUAUAUACUGAGAAAUAUAAUAGAAGCAAAUUCAAUUUUUGCACGCUACUGUGCCGAAUGACGCGUGCAUUGUCAAAUGAAUUGAAAUUUUAUACCGUUGAUUUUGUUAAAGAAAACAACCCUAUACACGUGUUACUUUGACAUUUCUUUUCCAUAUAGAGUAGUCAAAAAAUGAAAGUGUAGGUUAAUCUUUUUUUUUUUCCCUUAGUAUAAGCAUCAACGGUAUCUGUGUAGGUUUAGACACUUUCCAAUACUCUUCCUAGCAUAAUCCAAGAAACAGAAGGCAUAGGAUAUAAAACGAUGCUGUAUGAUUUUCCUUUUAUAUGUAAGAUCAUAAAGUGUUUUAAAUGUUCAUUAAUAAAGCAAAAGAAAUCAAGCUUAGGUCAAUGAUUAAUGUAUCUACAUCAAAUUAAAUAAAAAUGUGUCCUCUA